AUGGCGAGCCGGUCGGUGCUUCUCCCUCGGGUUGUUGGUGGUCAUCCUGGCACCGGCCAUCGAGGGCUCUUUCCCCACCAUGUCCAAGCAGCGUCUGAAGGGGAGAUUCCAGCGGGACCGGCGCAAUAUCCGCCCCAAUAUCAUCCUCGUCCUGACCGAUGACCAGGACGUGGAGCUCGGCUCCAUGCAGGUGAUGAACAAGACCAGGAAGAUCAUGGAACAAGGCGGGACACACUUUGUCAACGCCUUCGUCACCACGCCCAUGUGCUGCCCGUCCCGUUCCUCCAUCCUGACCGGGAAGUACGUGCACAACCACAACACCUACACCAACAACGAGAACUGCUCCUCGCCGUCAUGGCAGGCCCAGCACGAAAACACGCACCUUCUCCGUGUACCUCAACAACACCGGAUACCGCACAGCUUUCUUUGGCAAGUACCUGAAUGAGUACAACGGCUCGUACGUUCCCCCGGGCUGGAAGGAGUGGGUCGGCCUGGUGAAGAACUCUCGUUUUUUACAACUACACGCUGUGCCGUAACGGAGUCAAGGAGAAAGCACGGGUCAGACUACGACAAGGAUUACCUGACGGAUCUCAUCACCAACAACAGCGUGAACUUCUUCCGCACCUCCAAGAAGAUGUAUCCUCACCGGCCUGUCCUCAUGGUGCUGAGCCACGCCGCCCCCCACGGCCCCGAGGACGCCGCCCCCCAGUAUUCCCAGAUGUUCUCCAACGCCUCCCAGCACAUAACGCCGAGCUACAACUACGCCCCGAACCCCCCGACAAGCACUGGAUCAUGAGGUACACGGGCCCCAUGAUGCCCAUCCACAUGCAGUUCACCAACUUGCUGCAGAGGAGGCGGCUGCAGACCCUCAUGUCCGUGGAGGACUCGAUGGAGCAGAUCUACAACAUGCUGGUGGAAAUGGGGGAAAUUGAGAACACGUAUAUCAUCUACACGUCUGAUCACGGGUAUCACAUCGGACAGUUCGGACUGGUGAAAGGGAAAUCCAUGCCGUACGAAUUCGACAUCCGGGUGCCCUUCUAUAUCCGAGGGCCCAAUGUGGAUGCCGGAUCUCUCAAUCCGCACAUCGUGCUGAACAUCGACCUGGCACCGACCAUCUUGGACAUCGCCGGGUUGGACAUCCCCCCUGAUAUGGAUGGAAAAUCCAUCCUGAAGCUGCUGGACAUCGAGAGGCCGGUGAACAGGUUUCAAGUGCACAAAAAAGUGAAGGUGUGGAGAGAUUCGUUCCUGGUGGAGCGGGGUAAACUGCUGCAUAAGAGAGAGGUGGAGAAAGCGGAUGCCCAAGAGGAGAAUUUUCUGCCCAAGUAUCAGCGAGUCAAAGACUUGUGUCAGCGAGCCGAAUACCAGACGGCCUGCGAGCAGCUGGGACAGAAAUGGCAGUGCGUCGAGGAUGCGACAGGAAAGCUGCGACUACACAAGUGUAAAGGGAUGGCAAGUCUGUCGGCUGUCCCCAGCAGUGUAAAUAAAUCCCCCAACCUCAUGAGCAAACUACUACAGCAGCGACGAGUGCAACUGCGACUCCAUCAGCUACAAGAUGACGCCGCUGGGCCGCCGCAAGAAACUUCUCACCAAGAAAAAGUACAAGUCCGGCUAUCUCCGGAACCGCUCGGUGCGCUCAGUGACAGUCGAAGUGGGCGGGAAGAUCUUCAAUAUGGCGUUAGAGCAUGAGUACCAACCUGUGACCAGAAACGUCACCAAGCGUCACAUGUCCAGCCCUGAGGACGACGAGGAUUUCAGCGGGACGGGGGGUCUUACCAACGAGUUGGUGGUGCCCAGCGCUCUGAAAGUGACUCACCGGUGUCACAUCCUGGCGAACAACACGGUGCAGUGUGAUCUGGAUCUGUACAAGUCUCUGCAGGCCUGGAAGGAUCACAAAGUUCACAUCGACCACGAGAUCGAGACGUUGCAGAAUAAAAUAAAAAACCUGCGAGAGGUCAGAGGUCACCUGAAGAAGAAAAGGCCGGAGGACUGCGACUGCAGUAAAAUCAGUUACAUCAAACAUAAGAAUGGGAAGCUGAAGAGUACGGAUCCCAUGAUGCAUCCCUUCAAGAAAUCACUGAAAUCUCAGGACAAGAUGUGGCUCCUGCGGGAACAGAGGCGCAAGAAGAAGCUGCGCAAACUUCUGAAGAGGCUGAAGAACAAUGACACUUGCAGUAUGCCAGGACUGACCUGCUUCACCCACGACAACCAGCACUGGCAGACCGCCCCCUUCUGGACACUCGGGCCGUUCUGUGCUUGUACCAGUGCCAACAACAACACCUACUGGUGCCUGAGGACCAUCAACGAGACGCACAACUUCCUGUUCUGUGAAUUCGCCACCGGCUUCCUGGAGUAUUUUGAUCUCAACAUAGAUCCGUAUCAGUUGAUAAACGCGGUGAACACUCUGGGAAGAGACGUCCUCAAUCAGUUACAUGUCCAGCUAAUGGAGCUGCGAAGCUGUAAGGGUUCCCGGCUGUGUAACCCACGGACGCGCAGUCUGGACCUUGGGCUGAAGGAUGAAAGUUUUGAACAGUACAGACAACUUCAGCGGCGGAAGUGGCCAAAAACGAAGAGACCCUCCUCUAAGUCCUUAGACCAGUUAUGGGAAGGUUGGGAAGGAUAA